AUGGACCACAUCUCAGUGGGUAUAAUUGGCAUGGGGGACAUGGGAAAGAUAGUGAACGCUUGUGAUACUCCAGACAAGUAUGAUGAUCUGCUCGCCCAAUUUGCGGGUCAGGACAUGGUCACUGUUAUGCCUAAUGGACAUCUGGUGUCUCGUAGCAGCGAUUGGAUUAUUUAUAGUGUCCCGGCAGAGGGUAUUGGCAAGAUUGUCGCAGAAUUUGGACCCUCAACCAAGCUGGGUGCGAUCGUUGGAGGCCAGACUUCCUGCAAAGCCCCUGAAAUUGCUGCUUUCGAAAGUUACCUUCCGAAGGACGUGGAGAUCAUUUCAUGUCAUUCCCUGCAUGGGCCACAAGUUCAUCCAAAGAGUCAACCCCUAGUCAUAAUUCCACACCGAGCGUCUGAAAAGAGUGUGAAAUUGGUCGAGAGUAUCCUCUCAAGCUUUGAAUCGAAGAUUGUUCACCUUUCCGGCGACAAGCAUGACAGGAUCACAGCAGACACGCAGGCCGUGACACAUGUGGCAUUCUUGAGCAUGGGUAGUGCAUGGCGGGCAAAUAAUCAAUUUCCUUGGGAGAUCAACCGGUACGUGGGAGGCAUCGAAAAUGUAAAGAUCAACAUUACGCUUCGCAUUUACUCCAACAAGUGGCAUGUAUAUGCUGGUCUCGCGAUACUAAAUCCAUCAGCUCAACAGCAGAUUCGCCAGUACGCAAAGUCGGUCACAGAGCUGUUCAAGCUUAUGAUUGGAGGGCAUCGAAAAGAACUUGAGAACCGUGUCAAGACAGCAGGUGCAACCAUCUUCGGAGAUGUCGUCAAGGGACACGAGCUCUUGCUACGAGACGACAUUCUGGAUAAGUUCUCAUUGUCAGGACCAAAGGAACGAAUGCCGAAUAACCAUCUCAGUCUGCUGGGGAUUGUUGACUGCUGGUGGAAGUUGAACAUCAAUCCGUACGACCAUAUGAUCUGUUCGACACCUCUCUUCCGAAUAUGGCUGGGUGUGACCGAGUACCUUUUCCGGAGCGAGCAACUACUUGAUGAGGUGAUCAAUACGGCGAUAGAAGACGACACGUUUCGAUCGGAUGACCUGGAAUUCACGUUUGCGGCAAGGGCUUGGUCUGACUGCGUAUCCUUCGGUAAUUUCGAUUCUUACAGGGAAAGAUUUGAGGAGAUUCAAAAACAUUUUGAACCACGCUUUGCAGACGCAGUUCGGCUAGUUGUUGGCAUUGUCAAUGGGCAGGUCCAAGUUGCGACCUACGUCCCUCAAGGAUCGGACGCAAAUGGCGUCUCAUAUUCAGUAAAUAUUCCAUCGUCGACAGCCCAAUCCGGUAAUGGACCGAUUUAUAUACAAAUGGUAGCGCCCUCUGGAACGCAAUGGCUGGGUUUGGGCCAGGGAAGCGGGAUGGCAGGUGCAAACAUGUUUGUGAUGUACUCGUCAGGAAGUAACAACGUUACCCUCUCCCCCAGACUAGGCAGAGGCGAAUUUCCACCCGAAGUCAACCCUGCAGGCGAAAUUACUCUCCUGGAGGGCACUGGAGUAUCGGCUGAAGGUGUUAUGACGGCAAACAUUCGUUGCGAUUCUUGCAUCACAUGGGAUGGAGGAUCAAUGAGCCCUACGAACGGAAACAGCAAUUGGAUAUGGGCCAUCAGACAAGGGAACGCAUUGGACUCGGGCGAUAUCUCAGCACAGAUUCGACAGCAUGACGCGUACGGCGCCUUUACUUUCGAUUUGCCUGCUGGCACUAGCAGUGACUCGUCCAAUCCUUUCGUGCAGGCAGCUGCUGUCACGCAGAGCGCAGGAUCAUCCGAACCGUCAAGCCCAGGAGACAGCGAAGCAAGUUCAGGCGAGUCUUCAUCGCGUUCAUCUGGAAGCUCCUCUGGGAGCUCCUCUGGGGGUCAAUCAAAUACCGACCAGAUCAGAAUGUCGCAUGGGACCAUCAUGGCCGUGGUCUUCCUCUUUUUGUUCCCUAUCGGCGCUUUGAUGAUUUACCUACCCGUCAGCCGUAGGGUACCAUACAUUCACGCACCGAUUCAGGUUGUCUCUACCUGCCUCCUCAUUGUUGGAAUGAUUCUUGGUGUGAUCCUCGGUGUCCGCAUCGAUGAAGACGACGGAUACCAUCAGAUCAUUGGGUACAUUGUUGUCAGUUCUUUGCUACUGUUCCAGCCUGCCCUUGGGCUCAUUCAACACUUACGCUAUCGCAAACUCGGUAAACGAACAGUUUUCGGGCAUAUUCAUCGUUGGCUUGGGCGCAUCCUCAUCCUGUUGGGAAUCAUUAAUGGCGGAUUAGGUCUUCACAUAUCGGGGGAGAUUGGGAGUGAGCAGGUUCCCAGGUGGUCUGUGAUUGCUUAUAGUGUAGUCGCUGCUGUUGUUGGCAUAGUUUAUCUUGCUCUCGCAUCGGGCGUUGGGUUUUCCCGAAAGCGAAAGGGUGGGUCAAAAGAGGAGACGGAGUUAAAUGGCAAUGCCAGUGGGGAUAUGGAUACUAACGCAUAUCACCCGGAAAGCUUUGGUUAUGACCAGGGUGUAUUUGGCGGUGUGAUUGUUACCGAUGACUUCUUGAACACGCUGGGUUUGAACGGACCCCAGCACGUCAGCACCGUUUCAACCGUCACGGCAAUCUACGACGUUGGCUGUUUCCUUGGCGCUUGCUUCUCGAUCUGGUAUGGAGAAAAAUUCGGAAGAAGAUUUACCGUUCUUACCGGAACCACCAUCAUGUCGAUCGGCGCCGUUCUCCAGAUUGCUGCAUACGGCGUACCUCAGAUGAUAAUCGGUCGGAUCGUUGGGGGCAUUGGUAACGGGAUGAAUACUGCCACCGCCCCAGUGUGGCAGUCGGAAACAUCCCAAAUUAAAUGGAGAGGCAAGCUCGUGGUGCUCGAAAUGAUCCUCAAUAUUGCAGGGUUCUCCAUCUCUAAUUGGGUGACUUAUGGGUUCAGCUUUUUGGGCGGGCCGAUCAGUUGGAGAUUCCCAUUAGCCUUCCAAUUCGUCUUUAUUUUCAUUCUUUUCGCAACAACACCAUGGCUCCCCGAAUCACCUAGAUGGCUCAUUGCACAUGAACGGGAGGACGAGGCAUUCGAGAUCCUUGCCGAUCUUGAGGGUAAAGACCCAAACGAUCCCUUCAUUCUUACGCAGCACAAGGAGAUCGUAUACGCCGUUCAAUACGAAAAGAAGAAUGCAAUUCCAUGGUCCAAGCUACUCAUGGGAAAGACUGGUUCGGGGGGAGGCACGAAGACCAUGCGACGAAUUAUCCUUGGUGCGGGAACUCAAGCAAUGCAGCAGCUUUCUGGCAUCAACGUAACAAGUUACUAUCUGCCAACUGUCUUAAUUGAAUCGGUUGGGCUUGAAAAUAGCCAAGCUCGUCUCCUCGCCGCCUGCAACUCCAUCUCAUAUCUUCUGUUCAGUUUCAUCGGCAUACCCAACGUCGAACGAUGGGGUCGUCGCAAGAUGAUGAUGUAUGCAGCAGCGGGUCAAUGUUUCUGCUAUCUAAUGAUUACCGUCCUGCUUCGCCACACCGAGAUUCCCAGCUAUCCAGAAGAAAAGCAAGCCAAAAUUGCAUCCGCCUCUAUCGCUUUCUUUUUCCUUUACUACGUCUUCUUUGGCAUCGGAUGGCAGGGGGUUCCAUGGUUAUAUCCAACCGAAAUCAACUCCCUCAGUAUGAGAACCAAAGGGGCUGCCAUCGUUGUGGAAAUUACUCCCCCGGGCAUCCAGAGCCUUCAGUGGAAAUUUUAUAUGAUCUGGACCGUAUUCAAUGGUGCAUUUGUACCGAUCGUUUAUCUAUUCUAUCCCGAAACUGCCGACCGUUCGCUAGAAGACAUUGACCGUAUGUACCGUGAGAAUCCGAAGCUCCUUGUCUUCCGCGACAAGUCCAUCACAAGUUCCAAGCGACCUAUGGAGUACAUUCAACACGAGGAAGAACAACUCAGACGUAACGGCUCUGUGGACCCUGCAAUGCUCAGAAGAGGAAGCAAAAUCACGUCACCAAUCCCCAACAACGAGGACACGGAUUAUAUUGAGCAUAAUGUCGUUGCUGAGGAUAAGGUCUGA